CCUGUGUCAACACUAGAUCUUACGCACCCUCGCCCGGUGGUGGACUGUAGGAGUGAGCACCCUGACCACCUUCGCUCUUGGACUUGUGAAUCAGUUUUCCUGCAGUGGACGGACGUGUUGGAGGUGACUUGAGCACAAUGGUUUCUUCUGUGCACGUGGAGCCUGUGUCCCGCACCGACCAGUACAAGCGGGUCAUGAAGCCCAUGCUGGAGAGGAAAAGAAGGGCGCGCAUAAACCGCUGCCUUGACGAACUGCGGGACCUCCUGGUGGCGGCGCUGCAGGCGGAAGGGGAGACCGUCACGCGUCUGGAGAAGGCCGACAUUUUGGAACUUACAGUCCGUCACGUUCGACGCCUCAACCAAAGGCGGUGUCUGACGCUGCCCCCCGGCGGCCACGAUCCAAGGCACGACGCCCUUAAGUUCCAACAGGGCUUCGUGGCGGCAGCGCAGCAGGUGCAGUCCUUCCUCAUCGCCUCACCGUCCCUGGAACCAUCAGUGUCUUCACGCCUCAUCACACACCUCACAUCGUGCGCCUCAGCCAUAUCUGGCGUGCCAUCUUCAAACCCCGCCACGUCUGCAUCAGCCACGCCCUCUCCUGGGUCCCCUUCAGCACCUCCCAUGGUGAUUGCCGCCCCUAGGCCAGCGCCACCACGUCCAGUGAUGAUCCCCGCGGCCUCGCCUCCCAUGUCGCCGCCCCCGCUGAUGGAUCUGAGUAUGAAGCCCAAGCUGGUGGCGCCAACGCCCAUUCGGGAGGCGAGCAACAUGCCCCAGGACCUGUCCAUGCGUCGGUCAGUUCCCAGGGAGCAGGACCUGUGCCCCGACGGCAAGACAUCUUGGAGGCCCUGGUGAUCACUGUACAGUGGGAGGAUAACUUCUCCAGCAUUGUGAUAUAAUAUUGUGGGUGGACCCCUCCGGUGCCCAGAACUUACCUGACGCGGCGGGACAACUCUUCGCUUUCCUCCUGCAGGAACUGUAGACGAUGGCGCGCACAUCGCCGGCCCCGGAGCGGAGUACCAAGUGUGUGGAUUCGACGUGCCAAAAUGCAGAUGGCCAAGUGUAUGGUUCGUCUUGUCGAGCUUUAAGUACAAGACGUCAGACACGCGACGGUGGAGGCAGCAGCCGCCUUCACCUCUCGGCCCCUCACCUCUCCAGUGUAUAUUGUGAUACAAACUUUGUGAUAGUUCAUAGCUAUUUUUUGUAUAUAAAUUCACAUUUUAUAAGUUCCACACUGUGAUAAUUUAACAAUAGGAAGUAUAGUUACUUUUCGCUUCUGUAUAUAGAAAUUGUUUUAUCCUUGUUAAGAGGAAGACAUUACGCCAACAGUCUUUCAGAAUGUGUACAAAGACGAGUAUUAAGACGAGUUGAGUAUCCCUGUGGUAGUGGUUCACGCCCUAUCUUACUACGAUGCUCACUAUUAUAUUUAAUAUAAUUCUUGAUUGACUUUACAAAGUUAAUCACAUGCCCAUUCAUGUCACAAAUUGCUAAGUUUAAGUUCUUGUUUACCUGCAAACACUACUUAAGUUUGUUUCAUUGUGUGCUGCCCCGGGACACACACCACCUGUAUAAAUUAUUGUGAUAUUCACUUCUGUGAUGGAAAUAAAAGACUUGAUUCUUUGUAA